AUGGAAGAACAUUAUUUAGCUGAACAACAUCAACAGGUCAUAAUGAACUUUGCUCGUCAAGUAUUACUGCAAUUAAACGAUAAACACAGGGAUAAUGAUCUCUCUCGAAUGACAACUGCAGAAACCUGUAAUCUUGCUGCAGCUCAAAUACAAGAGUUGUAUGAAAUGCUCGAUAUCUUGUCAGGUAGUAUCGAGGCAUUGAACAAUGAUCAACAACAUCUAAGCAAUGAGUCACUUCAAGUUCAAAUAGCAUUACCAACAUUGACAGAAAAACUAUCAAAAAUUAAAUUAUCUGUUGAGGAAUCAAAUGCUUUUUUGGAAGGAAUGAAAUAUAAUCAAGAGAUUUUGAAACAAGAGUUCGCAUCACUACAAGAAAAAGUCAAUGAUUUGCAAAAUGUUUCAUAUGAUGGAACAUUGGUAUGGAGAAUUACAAAUGUUAAAGAGAAAAUGAGUAUGUUUAGCAAUUAUCCUUAUGUUGAAUUGUAA